GAACUUUCCACAUCUCAGAAGAGUGGAGGAAAUCUACUUCAAAUGCUGUAUGAUAAACCCACGAGAUGGGCUUACACGUUUCAGACUUACGCUUGCUUGAGCCGAGUGAGGGCACAAUUAAAACCUGUCUCAGCCAAGCUACAAGAAGCAGAACAUCCAGUGCAAUUUUUUGAGAGAUCUGUGUACAGCGACAGAUACGUAUUUGCUUCUAACCUAUUUGAGUCUGGAAAUAUAAAUGAAACGGAGUGGGCUGUUUAUCAGGACUGGCACACAUGGCUUUUGAAUCAGUUUGAAUCAGAUAUAGAACUGGAUGGCAUGAUCUACUUAAGAACCACACCUCAGAAAUGCAUGGAAAGGCUCCAGACAAGGGGAAGAGAAGAGGAACAAGGAAUUGAACUUGAGUAUUUGGAAAACCUCCACUACAAACAUGAAACCUGGCUUUACGAAAGGACCAUGAGAGUUGACUUUGAGAACCUUAAAGAGAUUCCCAUACUCAUUUUGGAUGUUAAUGAGGAUUUUAAGAAUGACAAGAUUAAACAGGAGUACCUGAUAGAUCAGGUCAAAUCUUUCCUGGCUUCUUAA